AUGGUUCCCGCCGCUACCGCCAAGUACGACUGGAUCCUUGCACUUACCACGAUCGCCUUCAUCUUCAGUGCGUUUGGAAAUGGAGCUAAUGAUGUCGCCAACUCGUAUGCGACGUCUGUCGCGGCACAGACGCUGAACAUGGCCACGGCCGGUGUCUUGGCAGCAAUCACAGAGUUCGUGGGCGCUGUCGCCAUGGGUUCCCGGGUCACCGCUACAAUCAAGAACGGGAUCAUCGGUAUUGACCGUUUCGAGGGCAAGCCUGGUGCUCUCAUGCUGGCCAUGGGUUGUGCCGAGAUUGGCAGCGCGACAUGGUUGAUGUUUGCUACCAGCGUAGGCUUCCCGGUGUCGACGACCCAGACUGUUGUGGGUGCUCUCAUCGGUGUUGGCUUCGCAUCUCAAGCCUCGAUCAAUUGGGGUUGGCAGAAGGGUAGUGUGUCGCAAGUGGCCGCGUCUUGGGGAAUUGCUCCUCUCAUUGCGGCUGCAUUCUCCGCCAUCAUCUUCGGCACUCUCAAAUAUGGCGUCCUUGAGCGACGCGAUUCAUUCAAAUGGGCUAUGCGCUUGAUUCCCUUAUACUUGGCCCUUACAGGUGCUAUCUUGGCUCUUUUUAUCGUUGUGGAGGCGCCCACCGCUCCAUCUCUGGAAGAAUUUGGUGCCGGCAAGGCGGCUGGAAUCAUCCUCGGUGUCUUCUUUGGAUGUCUCCUCAUCGCCUAUGUAUUCUUCAUCCCAUACUUCAAUCGCCGUCUCGCCAAGAAUGACACCCGCGUCAAGUUCUACCAUAUCCCCUUGGGUCCUCUUCUCAUGAGGGAGAAUCCGCCUCUCUAUUUCCCCAGCAAGAGCGACUCGGCCGUGAUCAACUAUUACGAAGACUCAUAUGGCGAAGUGUUGGCAGGGCAGAAAGACCUUUCCAAACAAGGACCAACCGCGAACGCGGAUUCAGUUUUGUCAUCUCCCGAAAUAACAGCGAAAUCUCACUCCGAGCGACCGGAUGAUGAUGAAGAGAAGAAACUAGACACUGCGCCCAUCCAGGAUAUCAAGCCGCGGAAAAAGCAUAUUGAGCCGACAGAGCGAUUCAUCGACCCUGUUCGCGAUCUACCUUGGAUCAAUCCGCAAAAGUGGUGGGGUUAUACCAAGUGGCUGCUCCUGCAGGGAGUGACAAGGGAUGUUGUCACCCAUGACUCGCCUGCCCUCCGCGCUAUUCAUGCCCGCGCCCACCGUUAUGAUGACCGCGUGGAGCAUCUUUGGACAUACUGCCAAGUUGUAUCCGCCAUGAUGAUGUCCAUUGCUCAUGGUUCCAACGAUGUCGCUAACGCCGUGGGCCCUUGGGCUGCUGUCUACAGCACGUUCCACGCCGGUGUUGUCGAGACAAAGGCACCAACCCCAGUCUGGUUUCUCGUUGUCGCGGGCCUACUCCUUGGCAUCGGUUUUUGGUUCUAUGGGUAUCACAUCGUGCGCGCUCUCGGCAACAAGAUUACUCAGAUGUCACCGACACGUGGAUUCAGUGUUGAGCUUGGUGCGGCCAUCACUGUACUCUUGGCUUCGCGUCUUGGGCUGCCUGUCUCCACCACGCAAUGUCUGACUGGUGCCUCUAUGGGUGUGGCGCUGAUGAACUAUGACCUUGGAGCUGUCAACUGGAGACAGUUAGGUUGGAUCUUUGGUGGCUGGGUUCUGACUCUCCCAUGUGCGGGCCUAGUCGCUGGAUUAAUCUGUCUGAUGGCAUUGAACGCGCCUCACUUGUGA